AUGUCACCUAGCAGAUCCCCCACUAGAGCUCUACGCCAAAAGAGUGCCUCGCGAUUAACUAUUAACAAAGCCAACGUGAGCGUAGAUGCUGUUCCUGUCAAGAGAACGGGCUCAGCGACAAGUUUGGGGAUGGAGAAUGGGGUUGAAGAAGGGUCGUGUACUUCGCUCGG